GAUUUGCUCUCAGUUUAAUCUGAUACAUAAUUGAGAUAUGACAGAGAUGUACCUGUGAUUUUUCUCUCUCAUGCACUGUGUGACGGAGAACACUGAACAGUUUCCUCCGUCUUUUCUCAGAUUGAUGAUGAUGUUAUUAACCCGAGUGUCUGAGUCAUUAGAGGACCAAUUUCAAACUGGGAGUUUCAUUAAUGUUCACCCAUUCGUUUUCUAAUCAUUUACGAGUAAUUAGUGAUUAAUUCUUAAUGUGGUUUUUAAAAUGUGAUCUUCAGUAGAUUUAACAGCCCGCUGCAUGUAGUGAAAGAACAUUCUCAUUCCUCUGUGUGUGUUUAGUCCUGGGGUGACAGUGGUGUUGACGUGUCUUUGUGUUUGAUUUUAGCGGUGAGGGUGACUGCACACUUAAGGUUGUGCUGUGAAUCCGUUGCUUCUCCAUCUGACGUGUCCUUUGAUGACAAAUUGAUUCGUUCUCUGCCACCGUCCUGUUUUUCCAGCUCUGUGUCUGUGGUUUCUGUGUUGUGUAGGACCUCUGAUGGUUAUGAACGCUAUUCAGCCAAGUGCUGUUGACAGAAGCUCUAUUGUGUCUAUAUUUCAUUCAGACUCUAUUUGUACUCUAUUUAGGAUCAAAUCAAUCUGUCACGAGCAUCAUGUGUCAACAUGUACCAAGUCCAUCAAUAUACAUACAAUGUGGUGUUCCUCAGUCUCAAUGUGUUUAUGGUCAGUUAUUGGUCUUCUGAGAGCAAAAUCAAACCUUCAGUAACUGUUGGGUGUAUGCUGUGUGUUGUAAAAUAUGAGAAAUAUCGGAGGACACUAUGAGCUCAAGUGCGUCUGCGCGAGAACAGCACAUUGCGUGUGAAUGAGAGGUUUGGAUGCGUUCAACAGAAAGAGAAACAGGUGCUUUUGACUGACGAGAGAAAGAGAGAGAGCGCGCGUAACCCAUCAUCAGAUGCGCUGCAUGUGACGUCAUCCGCGCAUCCAGCCCGCCGUAUCCUUGGAGAAAUCGCUCCAUGGCGACCGGUUGCCAUAGAAAUGCUGGUUUCCUUCUAGGCUCCAGCGGAAUAACGGGGUGCGCGCUCGACGCGGCAUGUCCACGGAGAAGCUUCUGUCUCUGUGAGGCGCGAGCGUCGAUCCGGCCACCGGGGUAAAUGUUGAGGACAACAGCGACAUGUUACCUAAAUCUAGACGAGCUCUUACCAUUCAAGAGAUCGCAGCGCUAGCUAGAUCUUCACUUCACGGUAUCUCCCAGGUGGUCAAGGAUCAUGUGACAAAACCCACGGCGAUGGCGCAGGGGCGUGUGGCACACCUGAUCGAGUGGAAGGGCUGGUGUAAACCCACAGACACGCCCAGCGCUCUCGAAUCUCACCUCACGUCCUACUCGCAUCUGUCUGAGGGAGAACAGGAAGCGCGAUUUGCUGCAGGGGUGGCGGAGCAGUUUGCCAUCGCCGAGGCCAAACUUCGUGCCUGGUCUUCAGUGGACGGUGAUGAAUCUAAUGACGAUUCUUACGAUGAAGAUUUUCUGCCUGCGAAUGAGCCGCUCACACAGAGUACAGAUCUGUCCUCGUACCCUCACUACCUGCGGGAUCUUAUACACUCUCAGGUGUGUCAGAAUCGCCUGCGGGGUCGAGGCCUGUGCGAGGUGGAGAGCGGCGUCGGGGCUGACCUUUCACCUCCGGCGGGGUCGCCGGGGUCACCGUCGGACACGCUCUGCUCUAGCAUGUGCAGCCUGGACGAUAGACACCCCCUGCUGCGGGACCUCGGACGUCAUCGGGACACCCCCGCCGCCGACCUCGCAGCCAAGAUCCUCAGCGCGCUUCAGGGAGGGGAGGAGCUGCUGCUGGCCCGCCUCCAGAGGGCGUGCCACAGACGAGGCCACUCCCCAUGUUGCUUGGCGACGUAUUCGGAGACUUUCGAAGACGAUGAGGCGCCGUGUAAGGAUUGCGGAGGCGGAGUCUGCCUCCCUCCGGAAUAUUCCGCCCGCAGGAAGGUGUCGGACGUGACCUCAUCUGGCGUGGUGUCGCUCGACGAGGAAGACGCCGACGAAGAGGACGAGAGAGAAGAACAGUGACCAAUCAUCUCUCAGUUUGACUCUGCAUGUUUCAUUUGGACUUGGCAUUUGGGUCUCCGCUCAUUGGGUUGCGGGCGCUCUUCGCUCUCUUUGAUCUCGUGUUUCUUUACCACAUGGUGAAAAAUACUGAAGGUAAUCUCAGACCCAACAUGGACAGAUUUACACGGAAGGAAGGAAAGACUGACGUGAACUCAUUAUCUCUGCAUGUCUUGCAAGUGCCGAAGUCUGAAUAUGAAGUCUUAAUCGUUUGGAUCUGGACGUCCAGUUGUUUCGCACGGUUUGUGGAUUUGGCUGUUGUUUAAUCUCGCUCCCUAUAUGAUGUCACGCCCCAUUGCAUUCUGGGUCUCGAUGACAUGACGCCUGUUGCAUCUUUCGGGCAUGGCUUGCUGAAUACGGGAAUGCUGAAUGUUUCUACGCUGACAGAGAGAACACAGAACACAGAUCUGACUUUUCCUUAAAUUAUUACUAUAAUUAUUCUUAACAUGAUAACUGUUUCAACUCUUGGUACUCAAUGGAUUGUUUGAUUUUCCCUCGUCAUGAUUUGUUUUAUUUGGUGAAUCUCUCCAGAGCAUUACUGUCCUGAACACAAUGAAUGUGUAGGAGUUGAUUCAGUGUCGUGAGACGGAUGGUUAAGACGAAGCUCGGUGUCCGUGGGCCUUUCUGAGAGUCGCUCUAUUUUUGUACUGUGUGUGUGUUUGUUUAUUGCUUUACUUCUCUAUUUCUGUCCCUGAAUUAUCACUGUGUGAUAUUGUCGACAUCAGGAAAAACAACGCUAAUGUUAAAACAAAUGCACCUUUUGCUUUCUUAUUUGUCUCUGGAGAGAGAGGAUGGGUUUAAUAUUGCGACUGUCAUCCGCUCUCAUUUUUCACCUUGCGUUCUGUAAAUGUCAAGCUCUCUCUCUCUCUCUCUCUUUCUCUCAGAGCCACUUUCCUUCUCCAGCAUUCUCUUGUUUCCAUGGAGAUCCAUGAUUCAUAAAGUAAUUGUUGGUCUAGUCAAUCAAAAAUUUUUGACAACCCCCCUCGCACAAACACACACGUAAUUGUCUGCUUUUCUCCUGGACAGAAGUGCAGUGUAUGUGUUGUGUGUGCGUGUUUUUAUAUGAUUCGUUCACACGCAAAUUCAAUAAAUUUUGGUCAUUUGCGCGUUCUCACGUCAUUGUUUUUAAAAGAAAAAGAAAAAUGUCUGUACGAUAACAUUUGUGUGACAAACAAACUGAAAAAUAAGUCAUCGUUCGCUGUUUCUUUAAUGGUUACUCAGGGUCAUGAAAUCCCCCGUCAGCAUUAAAGCACACACACACACAAACACACACAAUGACGUCAGCUCUUCAGUCAAUCAGAUGUUUAUAUUGUAAACUGUAAUUCUUUUGAUGAUAACACACCUAUGACAGAGAAAGUUCUGGGAUCAAACUGUCUUUCCCUCCUCCAUUUAAACCCAUUACAUCACUUCUCCUUUACAGCCCCGUCACUUCCCGUCUCAGCCUCAUUUAGCGUUUCCAUGGCAACAGCAGUUGUACAGAGUGAACCCAGAUUCUAUUAGAAUAUUAUCAGUUUUUAAGUUAAUUUCUUACGUCCGUGCGAAUGAGGACUCUCUCUCUUUCUCUCUCUCUCUCUCUCUCUCUCUCUCUCUCUCUCUCUCUCUCUCUCUUUCUCUCUCUCUCUCUCUCUCUCUCUCUCUCUCUCUCUCUCUCUCUCUCUCUCUCUCUCUCUUUCUCUCUCUUUCUCUCUCUCUCUCUCUCUCUCUCUCUCUUUCUCUCUCUCUCUCUCUCUCUCUCUCUCUCUUUCUCACUCUCUCUCUCUCUCUCUCUCUCUCUUUCUCUCUCUCUCUCUCUCUCUCUCUUUCUCUCUCUCUCUCUCUCUCUCUCUCUCUCUCUUUCUCUCUCUCUCACUGCAUGAGUGAGUUACGUAACGCGGGAUGUUUCAUAUGCCAACAGGCUUUCGCUGUCUAUGAUUCAUCUCUUGGACACAACAAGUGUCAUGUUUUUCAUUUCGUCCUACAUGCGUGCUUUCCCUCACUUAUUUCUUCUUUCAGCUUCUUUCGCUGUUUGAUGUUUCUGCAUGCGUCCCUCUACCCCCCGAGCACAUGUUAUUUUCUCUUUUAAAGCAACAGUUCACCCAAAAAUGAUUGAUUUCUAUAAACCUGUAUGAAUUACUUAGCUCUGCUGAACACAAAGGAAGAUAUGUGUAAGAAUGUCAGUGACCAAACAGACCUAAUCCCCCGUUGACUCCCAUAGUAUUUAUUUAUUACUACUAUGGGAGUCAAUCAGGGAUUAGAUCUGAUUUGUUCCUGACAUUCUUCCAAAUAUCUUCCUUGUGUUCAGCAAAAUAAAAAAAUGUGUGCAGGUUUAUAACUACCUUUUCGGUUGAACUUUAGCUUUAAGGUUAGAUGCUAUAAAAAGCUCCUAAAGGACACUGGGUAUCACAUCUUGCUCUGAUUGGUCAGAUUCGGCCUAUUGUGUACAUUCCCCCGUCCAAUCACAUCAAUAGAUUUUAAAGGGUGCAAAGGCCCCCUACUGCGGUCACUUCCCCCGGAGCAGAGACGACAUUGAGAGCUCUCUCUUGCUGUAUGUGUGUGUCUCUAUAAAUAGACAAACAUUGACCCCUCUGAAAUCGUGUGUGUGUGUGUGUGUGUGUUGGGGAAGGAGUGUGUUAAACGCACAUUUGUCUCACUCCACUGUCACACUUUUAAUUAUUCUGUUCAUGGCUCUCCAGUUGACACUCGUGAAGUCUCGCUUAAUUAAACCGUGUUCAUUCCCAUGAUGAUGACAUGUACCUGCACACACACGCACACACACACGGACAUAUAUGUUCUCUAUUUCUACUUUCAAUUUCUACUCUAUUCUUUCUGGUUUAUGAAUAUUUGACUGCUGGUUAUUUUGAUAUCAGAGUGUUUGUUUGUGCAUCUUGUUUGUUUGGGUUCUAAAUAAAAUUGGUUCAUGUUGUUUGUAAAGAUGGAGUGUGUGGAUUCUUCAUCACCGUGACUGAUGUCUCUCAUUUACAUCAGGAAUAAAGUCAAACAUCACUCUUAAUCCUGCUCAUGGGAUUAAAGGGUUUACAUAACCAAAAAGUUAUUUCUUUAUAAUAAAGGGAUGC